AUGGGACUAAUCAAAGACCUUGUGGGCUCAGCAAUGGGCUCGGGCCAAGUCAACAAUGGCUUCAAUCAACCAUUGGUUCCCAGCUUCUCAAGAGGACAAAGUCGAAAUUCUUCAUCUAGCCGACCCCUAUCCCCACGACCAGACUAUCGGUCAUACUCAAACGGCAAAAGUGAUCGAGGAUACCUUGCGCCGGAGCCAUGUUACGAUGACUUCGACCCGCCACGCUCUCGAGGGUCUUCGUACCAGCAGCAAAGCUAUGAUGACAGGCGCCACGAUGCUGAGUAUGACAACGUCAAUUCCAGCCCCUCGAAUUGGACAGAUCCACCGCCUCCAUAUGGCACGCAGUUGAACGUUCCCAAUAGCUACGAUCAGUUCCCCUAUCCGUCACGGUACAGCGAUUCAUCAAGGCAGAUGUACGACCAGCGGCCCAGUCAAGCAUACUACCAAGACCGUGAACGUCCAAAUUACAACAGCAGUCCUCUGCAACAAUCAAGAUCUAGGCAAAACCAAGGUUUCCGACCAUUUGCUGUCCCCCAGGUAGCUGGAGGCGACGGGCAACCUUUCCUUCGAGCAUAUAGCGAUGAGUUGCGGCAAUACGGAAUCGAAGAAGGACAAUUUAUACAGGUCGUGGAUGCCAUCAACAAAGCCAUCAUUCCAAAUCCUGAGAAUAUGAUCUUCCAAAAGGCGGCGAACAUUGCUGGCUGGUUUGUUCCGGGUGCUGGAGGCAUCGCUCUCAUGGCCGGCCAGAUAGGAGUCGGCGCUGGUGCCGCAUUCGGCCAUGCUUCUCUCGUGGCCAAGACGCUGUCGAGAUCCAACCUUGACCUCUUUAUUCCAGCCGGUCUGGAGAUAUGCAUUGGGAAGUCCGACAACGUCGACCAAGAAGCCAGAGUGUAUGGCCGAAGUUCCUCUCAACAAUACAGCUCAGAUCCCGAGUCUCGAAUCGCCGCCUACGGUAAUCGUCUAGCCCCUCUGUCAUCUGUCCAUCCGCCACUCGCGAACACAGGCCGCAGUGACCCUAUUGCCAUGCUCGCGAAUGGGAUGAGCAAAAGGUCGGCUGCGAAGAAGGCAGAAGAUGCGGCGAAAGACAGGGCUGAAGGAAAGUUGAAAAAGAAGGAUGAUCCGGACGCGAAACUUCAAUGGCUUAUCGUGAGGAGAGCGAGUCCGCAAAGUACGCAAAAGUGGCAGCAAAUGCUGCAGCAGAGUGAGGCUUCGCUGGACGAAGAGCGACGGCAAGCAGCAGCGCAAGGCAGUUCACAAAGAUACUGA